UGUCUCGAGAUUUUAUCAAAUCAUUUUGACAUAUAUAUGACUAAACAUCUUUGUAGUUUUUGAUGUAUAAUGGAUGUAGUUGGCAUUAAUUACUCGACCACAUAUCUAAGUUAAAUUAAAUUUGAAUAAAGAUAUUUUUGUUAUAUAUAUUUGUGACCUGUUGCUUUAAUUUCUAUGAAUAUGUAAGCGAUGGGGCAGCUAUCUCUGUUUGUCGUGUCGCUUUUUUAUUUUUAUUUUAUCAUAAUCAAACCUCAGCUCCACAUAUAUAUAUUUGUUGCUGUUCAUGGCUCCACCCACAGGCACAUCAGAGCUGCUUUGCUUUCUCUCCUGUGCCCCCCCAUCAUCAGGUCCCAACUCUUGCCCAAACUUGAUGACUUCAUGAGGUGCCACCUCAGCAAUUGGGACAACACACUCGUUGACAAUCAACAAAAAACCAAAGAGAUGGCAUUUUUGUCGUCGCUUAACCAAAUUGCAAGUAUUGAAUGGGAGUCAAUGUCUGGGGAAUUCAUGCCUGAAUUCUUUAAGCUGGUGUUGGGAACCCUUUCUCUGCCUAUCAACUUUCCCGGAACAAAUUACCACCGCGGUUUCCAAGCAAGAAAACAUUGUUAGCAUGCUGAGACGGCUCAUAGAGGAAAGAAGAGCUUGCCAAGAAACCAAACAUGACAUGCUUGGUCUCCUAAUGAAUGGGGGUGAAGAAAACAGAUAUAAUCUAACAGAUGAAGAGAAGAUUGAUCAAAUGAUAGCAAUUAUGUAACCAAGUAUUCUUAAAUUAUUAAUGGUGUAUUUUCACACCCUACUGUUAUGUAAUAUUUGUGGAUAUGUUAUUUUAUGGGUAAUGGUGAUUGGUGAAUUGGAAAGUGAAUUUAUGUGAAUG